CCAGGGCGCCGGGGAGGAGGCCGGAGGAGCCUCGGACUCGCCCACCAGCAGCAGCAGGAGCACCAGCCCCGAGGGCGGCAUGGCGAGGAGGAGGAGGAGGGCCUCGGCCCCGCCUUCCCUCCCUCCAGGAGGUGUCGCCGUCCCACGGGCGGAAAGGGAGGCGAAGAACUAAAACCGCCCCUGGGCCGGGAGGAGCCGGGCGCGGUGCCUGCCGGGAAGUGUAGUCCCCGCCUCGGGACGGCGUGGCGGGCCUGCGGGGGCCGAGGCGCGUCGGAGGAACUACGCCUCCCAGCAUCCCGCGCGCCCUGCAGGCUUAGCGCGGAGAAGCCCCUCAGAGGAGGACGAGGCUGGCUGAGGCAGAGAGAGAGAGAGAGAGGAGUGCGUCGCCUCUGAGGAGAGGAGCAGCCAGACAAACUUUCCCGUUUCCGCAAUGCCUCUGUGCCGAGAGCCCACCGGCCCGUGGUCAAGCUGAGGCGGCUUUUCCCGGGCAAUGGACGUGGACCUCUACGCUAGCAUGCAGGUCGGGAUGCGGGUGGUCCGUGGGCUGGAUUGGAAGUGGAGCAACCAGGACAACGGCGAAGGGAAUGUCGGGACGGUCGUGGAGAUCGGCCGGCAAGGCAGCCCGACCACGCCGGACAAGACGGUGGUGGUCCAGUGGGAUCAUGGCACCCGCACGAAUUACCGGACCGGCUUCCAAGGAGCGUACGAUCUCCUUCUGUAUGAUAACGCACAAAUAGGCGUCCGCCAUCCCAACAUCAUUUGCGACUGCUGCAAGAAGCACGGGAUCCGUGGGAUGCGCUGGAAGUGCAAGAUCUGCUUCGACUACGACCUGUGCAUGCAGUGCUACAUGAACAAUAAGCACGACCUCUCCCACGCCUUCGAACGCUACGAAACGGCCCACUCGCGCCCAGUUACUGUGAGUCCGCGACAAAACUUGCCACGCAUCACUUUGAAGGGAACAUUUCAGGGCGCAAAAGUGGUCCGGGGCCCCGACUGGGAAUGGGGCAACCAAGACGGCGGCGAAGGCAAAACGGGGCGCGUGGUGGACAUCCGUGGCUGGGACGUGGAGACCGGGCGGAGCGUGGCCAGCGUGACGUGGGCCGACGGCACCACCAACGUCUACCGAGUGGGGCACAAGGGGAAGGUGGACCUCAAGUGCAUCGCAGAAGCGUCCGGAGGGUUUUACUACAAGGAGCAUCUCCCAAAAUUAGGCAAACCGGCCGAGUUGCAGAAAAAGGAGAGCACGGAGAGGCACCCGUUUCAGCACGGAGACAAAGUGAAAUGCCUCCUCGACAUCGACAUUUUGCGGGAGAUGCAGGAAGGCCACGGGGGCUGGAAUCCCAAAAUGGCCGAGUUCAUCGGCCAAACCGGGACCGUGCACCGGAUCACAGACCGAGGAGACGUGCGGGUCCAGUUCAAUAGUGAUACGCGGUGGACGUUUCAUCCCGGAGCUCUGACCAAGCUGAACGCAUUUUGGGUCGACGACGUUGUCCGAGUGAUCGACGAUAUGGAAACCAUCAAGCAGUUGCAAGCUGGUCAUGGCGAAUGGACGGAUGAGAUGGCUCCAACCCUGGGGCACAUUGGCAAGGUGAUCAAAGUCUUUGGAGACGGAGACUUGCGGGUGUCCUUUGCCGGCCAGUCCUGGACCUUCAACCCGGCCUGCUUGACCGCCUACCAGAGAGAGGAGGACGCCAACCUCAUGACCACCGAAGAUGCCAAGGAGUCCAAAAGCACGUUGCUCUCUGUGUUGGGAAGGCUGCUCUCCCAGAAAACGGAGUCCGACAACCCUGGCCGGCUGGUCAUCGAGGCCGCCCAUGGAAACGCCUCCAAAGUUCACGAUCUGGUUCAGAAAUACCCCGAAAAGGUGGAUACCAAAAACCAGGGCCGGACGGCCUUGCAGGUGGCUUCGUACCUGGGCCAGGUGGAAGUGGUGAAGAUCUUGCUGCAGGCUCACGCCAACGUCAACCUGCGGGAUGAAGAAGGAGACGCGGCCCUUCAUUACGCAGCCUUUGGAAACCAAGCGGAGAUCGCCCGGGUGCUGCUCAGCAAAGGCGCCAACGCCGAUCUCCUGAACAACGGCAAGUGCACGGCCCUCUACAUCGCGGUCAACAAAGGCUUCACGGAGGUGGUGCAAGCCUUGUGCGAAAACCAGUGCAACGUCAAUCUGCCGGAUUCCUAUGGAGACACCCCGCUCCAUUACGCCAUCACGGCCGACUUCAAAUGCAUCAUCGAAGCCCUCACCGAAGUCCCCAGCAUCGAUUUCACCAUCCAGAACCGGCAGGGCUUCAACCUGCUGCACCAUGCGGCGCUCAAGGGGAACAAACUUGCCGUCAAGAAGAUCCUGGCCAGAGCCCGGCAAUUGGUUGACACCAAAAAAGAAGACGGAUUCACCGCGCUCCAUCUGGCAGCCCUGAACAACCACAAGGAGGUGGCCGAGAUCCUGAUCAAAGAGGGCCGGUGUGACGUCAACCUGAAAAACAACCGCAACCAGACCCCUCUGCACCUGGCGGUGACGCAGGGGCACAUGGAGAUGGUGCAGGCGCUGGUGCAGGAGGGGGCCGACGUCAACGCCGAGGACGAGGACGGGGACACGGCCAUGCACAUCGUGCUGGAGAGGGAGCACGUGGCCUCGGCCGCCGAGCAGCAGGAGGGCGAGGAGAGCCUUUACGCCAAGCUCCAGGCCUCCGGUUUCCUCGCCAACGUGGAGCUGAACGUCGGGACGGCCAUCGCCUGCUACCUGGCGCAAGAAGGGGCCGACGUCAACUACGCCAACCAUCGGGGCAAGUCGCCCCUGGACCUCGUCACGGACGGAAGCAUCAUGCAGCUCAUCAAAAACUUCUCCCAAAAUUUCAGAGAGCACCAAGGCUCCUCGGAGGGCCCCACGGUGACCUGCAGCCUGCGCCGAGUCCAGGCCACCCCCAACACCAUGACCAACCUGAGCGUGGCCAAGCUGAGCGCCCCUUCCGAGUGCCUCGUCUGCUCCGAGCUGGCCCUGCUCGUCCUCUUCUUCCCCUGCCAGCACAGCAUUGUCUGCGAAGAGUGCUCCAGGAGGAUGAAGAAAUGCAUCAAAUGCCAGGUGAACAUUACCAAGAAGUUAAAACAAGACAGCUCCGAGGUGGAGUGCAGCCCGGGUUCGGAGCCCACGGACCAGCAGAAGCAGCUGAUGGAGGACCUGCAGAACCGCUACCGGCAGAUGGAGGAGCGCAUCACCUGCCCCAUCUGCAUCGACAACCACAUCAAGCUCAUCUUCCAGUGCGGACACGGCUCGUGCCACGAGUGCAGCGCCGCCCUGGCCGUCUGCCCCAUCUGCCGACAGACCAUCCGGGAGCGGAUACAGAUGUUCGUCUGAGGGGCUCCUCUGCGGGGCGACGUGGUGCAGUUUUCGAGUUGUGAGGGGUUUCUCGCCCUCGUUUUCUUCAUCGCCUUAUCCCGCUUCGAGAGCGGAGACCUGCGUUAUCUUCACAAGACGGCAAUAGUUCUUUCCGUUCCAUGGAAAAGCAAUACUCUUUUAACGUGGUGAGACUUGCAUCGGUGAGAUUUGCACCGGAAACCCCGGAUUUCAUGGAGUGUGAGUGGGGAAGGGAUCGGGGGGUGUGGUGCGAAUGGUGUGCCUUCGAGGUUGAGUAAUGAAUAUUGACCGGCAAAAAAUACAACAUGUCAACAGAAGUAUUCUUCUA